AUGACAUCGUACAAUCAUGCAUCAAUUACUGAAGCAACUAUCUAUGAACGUCCUAAACAGAGUGGGCCAGAUUUAGUAGGUCAUUGGGGUAUUGUUGUCAAUGUUGAAGGUCAUGGUAACUAUCUUAUUCAUAAUACUCCUGGAUCGGGCACGGUAGCUACACCGGCUAGCAAUAUGAGUUCACAGUGGACUUCUAUAGUUCGGAUUCCGGUUGGUAAUGGAAAGACAAUUCGCGGUUGCAUGUUAGCAUCUGGUGGUGCUCAUACAAAUUAUGUCUCGUCAGCAUUAGCAAGAUACAUAAUGGGACAAACAUGUGUUGGAACAACAGCUGCCAUAGCAGAAUAUUUAAUUUCACUAUAA